AACAAAAAAUAAAAUAAAUCAAAAUCUGAAAUUUCUGGACCCAAUCCGGGAGGCAACAGAUAUAAUUUGAUGUGCCGCCAGCGUGACCGCUUUUCCCGGUGAGCAAGUAACCGUAGAUACCGUUACACAGUCAUCUAGGCUGCCUGGUAUUUGUGGAGAGAGCAGGAGGUUAGAAUGAGCCAGUGAGCUCUGAGCGCUGAGCGAUCGAGUUAGUCUGUGCUGUGGGAGUCGGCUUCAAUGGCGACGAAGCUAUCGACCUGCUUUGUCAGCCAAGCUUUUGCAGGUUUCAGCUAUGGCAGUCACUCAAAUGUCCGCUUCUCGCCUCCUCAACAUCAUCACCUCCUUUUCCCUGCUACUUGCAAGAUGCGCCAUCGCCAUUUAGGCUACCGCUACCAGCUCAAGAAACGGCAGUUCAAGAAAGCCUCCAACGAACAGACUCCGCCGGCGGCAGAAUCGCUCUCCGACCUGGAGAAAGAGGCCGCUUCGUCGAGUACUGUCAAUCGCCGCCGUUUGAAUCCUGAAAUCGCGCCAAAUGACGACACCAGAGCUACUAGCACGAGUGACGAGCGUAAGGAGCACGGCGCCAGUGGAACUGAUACGGCGAGCAGUGAAGAGCAGAAGGAUUACGUCAACGGAGAAGAAGAAUCGGAGACCACAGUAGAGGUGGAACACGUCCACGAUGACGAGUCUCAGCUUCGCGAGAGGAUUGCUGUAAUUGAAGAAGCGAAAUCUCUGGCCUUAACUCUGAAUGUAGAUGGUGAGGAAAAGCGACUUUCAGGCUUUCAGUUGCAGGAUCUGAUAGGCAUGAUAAGAAACGCAGAUAAGAAUGUCCUUCUUCUCAACGAUGCUAGGGUUCGUGCUCUUGAGGAUCUUAAUAGAAUUCUUGCUGAGAAGGAAUCGUUGCAAGGAGAAAUGAACGUUUUGGAGACAAGAUUGGCCGAAACUGAUGCACGAUUGAAGGUUGCUGCGCAAGAGAAGAUACAUGUGGAACUCCUAGAGAUCCAGUUAGAUAAACUAAGGAAUGAGCUCACUCACAGGAGUCCUGCCACAGAUGUGCUUCAUCAGCUUGAGAACCAGAACAAGCAAACAGACGCUGAUGCUAAUUCUCUGAGUAAGGAGCUUAGUUCAUUGAGAACAGAGAAUAUGUUUCUGAAACAGGAUAUGGAAGCACUUAAAGCUGAUCUAAGUGCGGUCAAGAACACUGGUCAGCGUGUCAUAACACUCGAGAAGGAGCGAUAUACAAUUGAGUCCUCUUUAAAGGACCUGGAAUCGAAAGUGUCAUCUUCUCAGGCAGAUGAAUGUAAGGAUUUGUGGGAGAGAGUUGAGAGUUUGCAGUCCUUACUAAAAAAGGCAACCAAGCAGGCAGAUCAAGCUAUCUUAGUGUUGCAGCAAAACCAAGAGCUCCGGAAGAAGGUGGACAAGUUGGAAGAUUCUUUAGAAGAUGCCAAUAUCUACAAGCUCUCAUCUCAAAGGCAGCAGCAAUACAAUGAACUAAUGCAGCAAAAGAUAAAGCUAUUGGAAGAACACCUUCAAAGGUCUGAUGAAGAGAUACAGUCUCAUGUACAAUUCUACCAAGAAUCUGUGCAUGAAUUUCAGGAUACACUGAACAAAUUGAUAGAAGAAAGCAAGAAAAGGGCUCUAGACGGACCAGUAGAUCAUAUGCCAUGGGAGUUUUGGAGCCGUUUGUUGCUAAAAAUUGAUGGCUGGCUACUGGAGAAAAAAGUAUCACCAGAUGAUGCAAAGCUGCUUAGAGAGCUGGUAUGGAAGCGAGAGAGGAAAGUUUAUGAUGUAUACAUGCAGUGUAGAGAGAAGAAUGAGCAAGAUUCCAUAUCCAUGUUCCUGAAGCUCACUUCAGGACCUAAAAGUCCAGGGUUGCAUGUCAUUCAUAUAGCAGCAGAAAUGGCUCCAGUUGCUAAGGUUGGUGGUUUAGGAGAUGUUAUCAGUGGACUUGGUAAAGCACUACAAAAGAGAGGACACCUUGUGGAGAUUAUUCUGCCCAAAUAUGACUGCAUGGAGUAUGAUCGAAUAUCUGACUUAAAGGCCAUAGAUCUUGUGGUAGAGUCAUACUUCGAAGGCAAAUUGUACAAAAACAAGAUCUGGACUGGCGUUGUUGAAGGUCUCCCUGUAUACUUCAUUGAGCCACUUCACCCUGCAAAGUUCUUUUGGCGAGGGGAGUACUACGGGGAACACGAUGAUUUCAAGCGCUUCUCGUUUUUCAGUCGUGCAGCACUCGAGCUACUUCUUCAAACCGGCAAAAGACCUGACAUAAUUCAUUGCCACGAUUGGCAGACAGCUUUUAUUGCCCCUCUUUACUGGGACAUUUAUAACCCGAAAGGACUAAACUCAGCUAGAAUAUGUUUCACGUGUCACAACUUUGAGUACCAAGGAACUGCACCAGCUUCAGAACUGGCUGCAUGUGGUCUUAACGUCCAUCAGCUCAAUAGACCGGAUAGAAUGCAGGACAACUCGGCCCAUGAUAGGGUGAAUCCUGUUAAGGGCGCUGUGGUGUUCUCGAACAUCGUGACAACAGUAUCACCUACCUAUGCCGGAGAAGUUCGGACGGCAGAGGGUGGUAAAGGUCUCCAUUCAACUCUCGUCUCCCACUCCAAGAAGUUUAUUGGAAUUCUUAAUGGAAUUGAUGGUGGUGCUUGGAAUCCUUCGACCGAUUCUCUCCUCGCUGUCCAGUACAGUUCCAAUGAUCUUCAGGGGAAAGCACAAAAUAAAACAGCAAUAAGAAGGCAGCUGGGACUUUCCACUGCCAAGCUCAGGCAACCAUUGGUUGGCUGCAUAACAAGAUUGGUGCCGCAAAAAGGUGUGCAUCUCAUUCGGCAUGCAAUUUACAGAACAUUAGAACUUGGGGGUCAGUUCGUGCUGCUUGGAUCUAGCCCAGUUCCGCAUAUUCAGCAAGAAUUUGAGGGUAUUGCAAACAACCUUCGAGACAGCGAACAUGCUAGGCUGAUAUUGAAGUAUGACGAAGCACUGUCCCAUUCCAUAUAUGCAGCAUCUGACAUGUUCAUCAUCCCAUCCAUCUUCGAGCCUUGCGGCCUUACACAGAUGAUUGCUAUGCGAUAUGGUUCAGUACCGAUUGUAAGGAAGACAGGUGGCCUAAAUGACAGCGUCUUUGAUGUCGACGAUGAUGCCAUACCUCUCCAGUAUCGUAAUGGGUUCACCUUCUUGGAUCCUAAUGAACAGGCAUUCAAUGCUGCCUUGGAGCGAGCUUUUGAACAUUAUUGGAACGACGUGAAAGGUUGGGAAGACCUCGUCCGAAAAAUCAUGGAGAUGGAUUUCAGUUGGGAAACUUCUGCUGCUCAAUACGAGGACCUCUACUCCAAGUCCGUGGCCAGGGCUAGGGCUGCUGCUGCUAGCAACAGACCAUGACAUUGACAUGACCCUACACAACCUCAUCUACCUGCAGAGGAGUGCAAGAAGAAGCAGGAGGAGCGGCCAGUUUCGCGAGAUGCGUUGGGUGCUCAUCUCCAGCCAUGAUCACAACGAUCUCAGUCUGUUCCGAACAGCCGAUCUUCCCUUCCGGAGACUGUGCCGCCUUUGCCGACGACACAGAGGAGCUACUGGGCUUAUGAUCCGAGCAGCAGAGGGUCACCAGAGCAACUAAGAAGGAGAAGAAGGCAAACAAGGCGAUGGAGACGAUAAUGGUUACAGUCUCCGCACUCCACUUCAUUGCUCCACUAGAAUCAUUUGUUAUCGACCCAUAACCUGGAUUCAUGUUUUGUUUCUGGUUUUGAUUCGGUAUUGUUGUUUGAUUUAUUUUGUGGGUUCUCUUAUAACUUUGAAACAGUGUUGAGGGAAGGAACUGAAAUUAUGAGUUGAUUGAGAUCUCCAACGAGAGUAUGGUCAAGGGACGGAAUAUAAGUUGAUGGAUUGGCAGAAACUCUGCCCCAAUUGGUGAGAAUUUCCGUGAAAAACAAUGUUUGGGGGAUCGCUACAAGAUCCCAAACUUUGUUCCUAGUGUGCAUAAUCACUGAUAUAUGGCGUCUUUGACGCAACUAAGCUAUCAUGAUUGCUACCGCCAUUGUAAUCUGAAGAUGUUGGUUGGCGAGACUCGAAACUCAGAAAAGGAGAUAGCAGAUUGAACACGCACAAAAGUCACAUCAUUUCCAUUAGUCGAUUCCAAAUUUACAUCACAAAACCCAAGAUCAGAUUCAGCAAGCACCACACACAAGGGAAAAAUUCGAAGCUCUCCUCUCAAAUCUCUCACUUUCCGGGGACGAAGUUGGUGGCGAAAGCCCAGGCGUUGUUGCUGACCGGAUCGGCGAUGUGGUCGGCCAAGUUCUCCAAGGGUCCCUUUCCGGUGACGAUGGCCUGGACGAAGAACCCGAACAUGGAGAACAUAGCCAACCGGCCGUUCUUGAUCUCCUUCACCUUCAACUCGGCGAAAGCCUCGGGGUCGUCGGCGAGGCCCAAGGGGUCGAAGCUGCCACCGGGGUAGAGCGGGUCGACGACGUCACCGAGUGGUCCACCGGCGACACGGUAACCCUCGACGGCGCCCAUGAGGAUGACCUGGCAGGCCCAGAUGGCCAAGAUGCUCUGAGCGUGGAUCAGGCUUGGGUUGCCCAAGUAGUCAAGCCCACCUUCGCUGAAGAUUUGGGCCCCGGCCUUGAACCACACGGCCUCACCGAACUUGACUCCGUUGCGGGCCAACAGCUCGGGGAAGACGCAGCCCAGAGCGCCAAGCAUGGCCCACCUGCAGUGAAUCACUUCCAGCUCCCUGUUCUUGGCGAAUGUCUCUGGGUCGGCGGAAAGCCCGGCGGUGUCCCAGCCGUAGUCGCCGGGGAACUCGCCAGUGAGGUAUGAUGGGGCCUCGCCGGAGAAUGGGCCCAAGUACUUGACGCGGUCUGGGCCGUACCAUGGGCUUCCGGAGGAAACCUGCUUGACCUUGCCGGCGGUCUUCCUCAUCACGAUCCGGCCGCCGUCCAUGAGCUCGGAGGCGGAAGGGGAGAGCUUCACGGCCUUGCCGGCGAAUGAGGGAGAGGAGAGAGCCAUGGUUGCGGCGGCCAUUUCGGAAAUUGGGAAGGGGAUGGAAAGCUCUUAAGAUGUAAUGAAAGAAUGAGAAGACUGUGUUUGAAGAUGGAAGUGAGGAAUUGUGAUGCAGGGGAGGCAGGUAUUUGUAUAGGAAGGACUGGUUAUCGGAAAUCUGGGCAACGAUAGGAAGGGGAACUGUUGGAGAGUAUCUUAUCUUGAGGCUAUCUAUAUCUGUGAUCUCAUUGGAGGGCAAAGAUUUUUGGGGUUUGUCGUCAGCAUCCUACUUGGCACACGUCUAAGCCACAAGAGUUUCCGCAGUCAAAUUAAAAUAUUUUUUCUACAUGCUCUUGUGUUGGCAGUUUGUACGAAUGAUGGGAGGGUUGGGAUUUGUAUGAUAAA